GCAGGGUCGCACACAACAUCUGGGACUUUAACACUCUUGUUUUCUCAACUCCUCCAAAACCCCCCAGUUCUGGGGAAGGUAGUGGCUGAGAUCGAUUCCGAUGCUUCUACUGUGCCUGGGAGACCAGUACAGAUUACCGGCCUGGAGCAACGUCUACCAUACUCCAUGGCAUGCAUUCAAGAAAACUUCAGGGUUAAUGCAGUGUUCACCAUGCCUUUUCCCCGUAAACUAGCAGUUACCGGUGGCAUUGAGGUUGAUGGACAUUUGGUACCCGAAAACGUAAGAUCUCCUGAUUAGCACUCACCUUUCCCGCAGCAGAUUGCUAACCACGUUAUAUUUUCAGGCAACUGUUUUCAGUCUGAACCACGUAGUGCAUUAUAAUUCAGCUAUAUGGGGCCCUAAUACUUCCACGUUUGACCCGUCUCGUUCCCUUGGGCAUCAAUCAGAAGAGCUCAAGAGAAAUUUGAGCCCCUUCAGCAUUGGGCACCGAAUGUGUAUUGGGCGUAACCUGGCUAUGACCAACAUCUGA